AUGGGUUCCAGCCAGAUUUCGGCGGGAGCCUCCGCGAGCGGCGGCAGGGGCCACAAGUGGUCGGCCUUUGCCUUCUUCGUAGCAUCGUUCCUAUUGUUGGGGGCUAUUGCGACCCUGUACGCCUGGUUAAUCUUUACCCCUCGUGUCCGAGCGGGCAUGUCUCCAAUUGGGUGCCAGGAGGACAAUGAAGGUUCUUGGUCGAUCGGCGUUUUCUACGGCGACUCGCCCUUAUCUCUCAAACCCAUUGAAGCUGUAGGUAAACAUAUGGAGUGA